GUGUGUGUGUGUGUGUGAACUGUGUGAUGUCAAAACAUUCUUGGAACCCAAUUCCAUAGAUCUCCUCCCCUUCCCCUGGAUUUCCCCACCACAUUCUCAUUUCUCUCUCUCUCUAAAAAUCCUUCCACUCUCUCUCUCUCUCUAGCUCUUUAACUUUCUUCCCAUCCUCUUUCCAUCCCCUGCCUAACCUUCCUCUCCCCCACUUUUGACUAUUAUCCUUAUCUCGUCACCGCAAUUCAAGCACAGUUAAAGACCGACCAAUCAAUUACACUUCUCGUCAAUGAAUUUGUGAUAUGUUCACUGUCCCAUUUUCUUCUAAAAUGUAAUUACCAAUCAUUUCUACCUUUUUGCGUGAUGCAGAACCUUCCGAUUCUGUAUUCGAUCACUGUUAUUUUCUCUAUUAGCUUCAUACCCAUUUGCUCUGAUCUCAGCUCGAUGGUCUGGUUUGAUCAAUUGAGAAACUAACACUUUAGAUCUCCAACAGUGAGUCAAGCACCCAAUUGGUAAAGUUCAAAUUCACUUCUCUGUUUGUGCUCUGAGAUGCAAUUUAGGACACAGUUUGUGAUAAUUUUAAGAAAAUCUGGGAUUGAAAAGGGUUUUUGAAUGCAGAGAAGGGUGUUAUUUGAUUUGAAUUAGCAGAAAACAAAAUACCCAAAAGCUAUGCAAUCAAGGGUUGUGCCAAUGGAGGAAGGGAAGGACCCUACAGUUGUAAGUAGGACAAACCAAUCUAGGGUUUUGCCACAGAGGUUGAUUCAGUUGCUUGGUCUCUUUCUGGUCUUGUGUAUUGCAUUUUCAUUCAUUAGUAUUUACAUGAUUCGGUAUUUUGGAGUUCAUAGUGUGAUGACACCUGUAGGGCCUAGGUUUCAGCCGUGUUUCGAAGAGCCUACUAGCUUAGAACAUUUGAUCAGGCCUCCGUCGAAUUUGCUCCACUCCAUGACUGAUAAAGAGCUCUUCUGGAAGGCUUCUUUCGUGCCUAGAAUUAAGAAUUAUCCGUUCACGAGGAUUCCGAAGAUUGCAUUUAUGUUCUUGACAAAGGGGCCAUUGCCAUUGGCACCUCUUUGGGAGAGAUUUUUCAAGGGGCAUGAGGGGCUUUAUUCGAUCUAUAUUCAUUCACUGCCAUCAUUCCAAUCUGAUUUGCCGUCAUCAUCAGUUUUUUACAGGAGACAAAUACCAAGUCAGAUGUCAGAGUGGGGAAGAAUGAGUAUGUGUGAUGCUGAGAAAAGACUUCUUGCCAAUGCAUUGCUCGAUAUCUCCAAUGAAUGGUUUGUUCUCCUCUCCGAAUCUUGUGCCCCUCUCUACAACUUCAGUGUCAUCUACCACUACAUAAUGAAAUCCAGAUAUAGCUUCAUUGGUGCAUUUGAUGACCCUGGGCCAUAUGGGAGAGGACGAUACAAUCACAACAUGGCACCUGAGGUGAACAUCAGUCAGUGGCGUAAGGGGUCGCAAUGGUUUGAAAUCAACCGAAAGCUUGCAAUUUACAUAGUGGAAGAUACAAAAUUUUACCCAAAGUUCGCCAAUUUCUGUAGACCAGCCUGUUAUGUGGAUGAGCAUUAUUUCCCCACCAUGCUUACAAUUCAAUCACCAAAUCUCUUAGCAAAUCGAAGCAUCACUUGGGUUGAUUGGUCAAGAGGCGGUCCUCACCCGGCUACUUUCGGAAGAGGGGAUAUCACCGAGGAUUUCUUAAAGAGAAUUCUUGGAGCUCACAGCUGCGUUUAUAAUAAUCAACCUUCCUCAGUUUGUUUUCUUUUCGCUAGAAAAUUCGCCCCAAGUGCCUUGGAACCACUAUUGCUACUAGCACCAAAGUUUUUAGGUUUUUGAGGAAUGGGAUGAUCCGUUGAAUUCUAAAUUUUGAAGCGCAAAUUGACAUAGAAAGAAGGCACAAAUUGACAGAGAAAGAAGGACCGACAAGCGUUCGCCGCGACAUUCAUUCUUUGUGCUCCACUUCUUAGGUAUUGUCACAUUGUCACCCUCUUAUCAUUCUCUUAUCGUACACUUUCAAUACUUACCGGUCUAGGCACUGUCCGCUACAUCCAAUGAUUUUUAGAUGUACAGAAACUAGCAUCCAGAUUUAGCAUCAUAAUCGCAUUCAUAAGGUCAAGAUCCGAGUUUUAAGCUACCAAUCGUGCUUGCACUCGCAAAUUAUUUUACGAUAACUACUGUGUAAUAUUCCUUUUUCUCUGUCAUCGUUGCUCAUCCAUCUCUGUUAUUAGAAUGAUUUGCUGUGUCAAUUGCUGUGUCAAGUACAUUACUUGCUUCAUAAGAAUAUAUUCCUUUCUGGAUUUCGGUUA